AAUCAAUGUCAAUCCCCUGUUGUUGGUUGUACUGAGCAGAAAAAUAAAAAUCCUUCUUUUCCCUCCCAGCUAAAGAAGUAAAGACACAGUCGAUUAGUUAUGGUGGAUAUGUUUUUUACAGACGGUCCCAAAAGACUGUAUUUACGCUCUACCCAUAUCACGUUUGGCUGCUUUACCAAUGAGGAAGUUGGAUUGGAUUCAAGAUCUGGAUCAGGAAGUUCAGGAAUGGUUUCGGUUUUAAUGUGACUCAGCCUAAACCGGUCUUUGCACAACCAUGAAGUUGCUGAACAAGGAGGAACUAAAGAAAGCAGAAGAAGUGCUCAGGCAUUACUUCCCUUAUUCGCAGCAGGCAUAUGGAUAUGUUUGUGUAUUGAAUAGAAAACAAGCUGACCCCAUAGAUGUGCUGGUGGACCAGUGGCCAGAUUUUAGUGUGCUACUCAUCAGACCACAACGGCGUGAGAGAGCAGACCUUUUUAAACUCAUAAGCAUUUACACCAAGGAUGAAACAGCUCUCAAGAAUGUGCUGACCAGGACAGAUGUUCUUGAUUGGAAGCAGUACUUCCGUAUAAGUGUUGACCAGCGCUUUGAGGAGGUGAUAAAGGCUGUAGCAGUGAGCAGAGGGUUACCAAUGAAUAAAAUUUAUGUCUGCCGUGUGAUGAAAUUGCAAGAUCCUUCUAAUCUCACGACUAAAAGGUUACCGUUAGAAAUAUCCUCGCUUAAUGAAUCUAACAUGAGUCUGGUUUGCUCCACAUGGAAGUAUAACCAAGGCGAAUUUAGCGAAAGCUUUAUCAGGAACAUGAUAAGGAACUUCCCAUCGCUUUGUGUGCUGGAUGCAGAGGGUCAGCCGGUGUCAUGGAUAUUAACCUAUCCUUUUAGUGCAAUGGGAAUGCUGUACACAAUGCCGGAGCACAGACAGAAAGGUUAUGCCAAAGCCCUGGUCACCAUAAUGGCAAAGAAACUGCAUUCAGAGGGUUAUCCAGUGUACUGCUUAAUUGAGGAGGAUAACGAACCAUCCCACAGACUCUUUACCAGUUUAGGUUUUACUGCAGAUCCAUUGUACAAGAUCAGUGGUUUUACAUUUAAUCAAGCAUGAACGGGCUUUAAGAUGAAUUCCUGUUAUGAUCUCAUAAAUGUGUACAAACUGAUCUUGUAGAAUUUGUACCGCAUCAAAUAAAUAGGGUAUUUGGAUUUAAUUCAAUUUCAUACAAAUUACCUGAACCACACACUAACCCCAACCACCUCUAAACGUAAAGUGUUAUAUAUCCACACACUUUACAGUAGUUAAGUACAGUAGUUAUUAUACGAUAUAAAUUAUUUUUUAAAACUAUUUCAUAUUAAGCAAGUUCAGUUGAUAUUUACAAGUUCCGAAAUACAUAACAUUAGUUUUGAAAUUAAACACUGAUUAUCAUUUAUAUACCAGUACACUGGCGACAGGACCUUGGACACCCAAGGCUCACCCACACCCACAGAGACCAAAGGCUAGCCUGUCUAGUCUGAUUCAAUCGAAAAGGCAAUUCAGCACAAAUCGUUAAAAAAAGUAUAUUCUGGCUGCAAUAGAAAUGUAUCAGAAAACCCAGUGCACCACAGCCUGCCACACACUUGUCCCAGCAGACAAGAAGCCCAAGGCCACCGACUUUCACACUCCCCAGAUCCAGAUCUGAUCAUGCACCCAUGAGAUGCACUGGACAAACAAGUCAGAUUCACAGAGGCCCCUUCCCGCAACCAAGAGCACCCAAAGCUUCCGCUGCCAGUGUCCUGUUGCCAGACACCACAGCACACUCCCAGAGGUCUAGUGGCGUCAUUCACCACGGAGCCAGACCUGUCCUGGUGGCACAGGAGAACCUAAUCAACAGUGUAAACAAUGUUUAUGUUGCAAUGUUAUGUCUAAUCAGUGUGCAGUAGAAUGGCCAGGUUAUAUUCGUGCAUAUGCAGUAAAUCAUCUUUUAUUGUAACCUGGCUUUUGGUCUCCUAAUUCUUUCUUUUUUGUGCUAUUUUCGGUUUUUCUUUAAUUACUUGUUGUUAGCAGAACAUACAGGCUAACAAAAAGUAAUCAAAGAGAACCUGGUAUAGCACAAAUUCAAACUUUGUAAUAAUGUUAAUGUAAUGUAAGGAAAUAUUGUAGACUUUUCUAACCCAAUGUAAUAAAAAAAGAUAAAAUGUCAAUCAUAUUUAAUUAAAUUGUGUUGUUUGUG